CAAAAACAGUUGAUUUUGACGUUUAUGACAAAUAAAAAAUAAGCAUCAAAUUUAAAGAGCUGCAGAAAAUGUUGAGUGUAUUUUAGCCAAUUUAUUGUAUAACAAAUAUGGAACACAAAUUACAGAAAUAUAAAUAUAGGAAAAACUUUUUAAAACUUCUUCAGUAUCGUGAAAUAUGUGCAGAAUCUGGAAAGGUGUUAAAACACCACUCUCAAUUUACAACCAGCUUAGUAAAAAGGUUGGGAUUAGAAUAUGAACUGGAAGGACACAAAGGUUGUGUAAAUUGUCUUCAAUGGACUCCAGAUGGAAAACAUUUAGCUUCCGGAUCUGAUGAUAGGAAUGUAAUUUUGUGGGACACUUUCAGGCAUAAAAAACUUCAGGUUAUACCUACCAGACAUUUUGGAAAUAUAUUUUCAGUUAAAUUCCUAGGUAGUAGUAAUAAUAUAAUAGCAACAGCUGCUGCAGAUCAUCUUAUUCAUGUGCAGAAUAUAUCGGAAAGUCCAAAUACAAAUCCAUUGUUGUUGUGCCGAUGUCAUGUAAAUAGAAUUAAACGAUUAGCAGUUUCUCCAGAAGAAAGAACACUGUUUUGGUCUGCAGCAGAGGAUGGAUUAGUUUUGCAAUAUGAUUUAAGAGAGCCCCAUGAAUGUCGUGUACAAAGUAAAGUUCUUGUAGAUAUAAAAUGUGGUGAAGUAAAAUGCAUUGCUGUAAAUCCCACAAAACCACAUUAUAUAGCUGUUGGAGCAAACGAUUGUUAUAUUCGUAUGUAUGAUAGAAGGAAAAUUAAACCAUUUCCAUUGAACACAAUAGACAUAGAUAGGCAUAUGUCUGGUUUGACUAAGGAACCUACUGAUCCAAAUUGUGUUCAAUUCUAUGCGCCUGGACAUCUUGCAAAAGACAACGCCACCAUAAAUAAUCUCAAAUUUGUUGCCACUUAUGUUUCAUUUAAUUCAGCUGGCUCAGAAAUGCUGGUUAACAUUGGUGGCGAGCAAAUUUAUCUUUUUGAUGUAAACAAUUCACGACACAUUAAUGAGCUACAAGUACCUCAAUUCUCUACUAAGAAUACAAAGACUGAAUCAUACAAAUGCUGUUGCCAUGAUGAAAACCAUCCCAAUAUAAAAGAAUCUAAAAUAAAUGGAUUCAAGGAUAAAACUUGUGCCUGCUUUUACAUGAGAAAAGCAUUUCAAUGUUAUCAAAGAAGAUGGAUGGGCGACUUAUACAGCGCUGCAAGAGAUUACCUUUACGUUAUUCAAUGUUGGCCGGGUCAUAAACAAGCUUAUGUGGGUCUUAUAAAAUGUUUUAUUGCACUAAAAUGGCCUGAUGAAGCAACAAGAUGGCUGGAUUAUUUCUGUGCGGAGCACCCAAAUUCGCCUGUCGCUAAAUCGAUGCGAGAAAUGAUUGUUGCCUUGAAUACAGUCCCCCAAGAAAACGAAUUUGAGGAAGAAUACAUGAAAAAGAUCGAAAAACACGAAACAAAUAUAAGACUAGAUUCUAGAGAUUACGAGGCAAGGUUUAUCGGCCACUGUAAUACGACUACCGAUAUAAAGGAGGCGAAUUUUUUGGGAGACGACGGCAGUUUUAUAUGCGCUGGAUCGGAUGAAGGCCUAAUUUUUGUUUGGGACAGAAAAACGUCCUCCAUUGUAACAGCCCUAAUAGGGGACGUGUCCAUCGUUAAUUGUAUACAACCCCACCCUAGUGCCUGUUUAAUUGCAUCCAGUGGAAUUGAUCCUGUUGUUAAGUUGUGGUCUCCUGCUAAAGAGGAUGAUUCCAAUAAUCCACGUAUAGUCACAGAUAUAAACGCAGUUGUUGAAGCCAAUCAGCAGCGAAUGUCAAAGGAUCCGUUUGAGUCAAUGUUGAAUAAUAUAAGGUCAGGAAAUCAAUAUACUGCCCAAGACAGCCCCUGUCGCACUUGUUAAAGUUAUUAAAUAAUACUUGA